UUCUGAGCUGAUGCAACAACAGUAACAGUGAGCCGCUCGGACUGGAACCAGCAUCUCAACAGGAGACUGACAGCCCAGCACGGACCUUCCCGCUCGAAGCCUACGUGUCAUGAUGGAAGAAGUCCUGGCUCCUCUGAGAGAAGCUGUGAGGCAACAGGGCGAGGUGGUGCGGCAGAUGAAAGAGCAAGGAGCCGCCGAGCAGGCCGUCAAUCAGGCGGUGGCCGAACUGAGAGCCCACAAGAGGACCCUGGAGGCCAAGGAGCUUUCGUUGCAACCCAAAGAUGACGUAGUGGACAGGGCGAAGAUGGAGGACACAUUAAAGAGGAGAUUCUUCUACGAUCAGGCGUUUGCCAUCUAUGGAGGCGUGAGCGGCCUGUACGACUUCGGCCCUGUGGGUUGUGCCCUGAAGAACAACAUCCUGCAGGUGUGGAGACAGCACUUCAUCCAGGAGGAGCAGAUCCUGGAGAUCGACUGCACCAUGCUGACCCCGGAGCCCGUGCUCAAGACUUCAGGACAUGUAGACAAGUUCGCUGAUUACAUGGUGAAGGACGCCAAGACGGGCGAGUGUUUCCGUGCCGACCACCUCCUCAAAGCUCAUCUGAAAAAGCUCAUGUUGGCCGAAAAGUGCUCAGCUGAGACCUCAGAAGAGAUGGAGGACGUCAUAACACAGAUGGACAACUACUCCCAGCAGGACCUGGCCGCUCUCUUUGGGAAAUACAACGUCAGGUCUCCCUCAACAGGAAAUGACCUCACAGCGCCCACCUCCUUCAACCUCAUGUUCAAGACUUCCAUCGGUCCAGCAGGAAACAUGCCAGGCUAUCUGCGGCCUGAGACCGCUCAGGGAAUGUUCCUGAACUUCAAGCGCCUGCUGGAGUUCAACCAGGGCAAACUGCCUUUUGGCGCCGCCCAGAUUGGCAACUCCUUCAGGAACGAGAUUUCCCCUCGCUCCGGGCUCAUCCGGGUUCGAGAGUUCACCAUGGCCGAGAUAGAGCACUUUGUGGACCCCAUGGAGAAGGUCCACCCCAAGUUCUCCAACGUGGCCGACCUGAACAUCACGCUGUACUCCUCCAAGGCCCAGACCAGUGGGCAGUCCGCCCACAUCAUGAGGCUGGGAGAUGCGGUGGAGCAGGGGGUCAUCAACAACUCGGUCCUGGGCUACUUCAUCGGCAGGAUCCACCUGUACUUGACCAAAGUGGGUCUGUCCAAAGACAAGCUGCGCUUCCGCCAGCACAUGGACAACGAGAUGGCCCACUAUGCCUGUGACUGCUGGGACGCAGAGACCAAGACCUCCUACGGCUGGAUCGAGAUCGUGGGCUGUGCGGACCGCUCCUGCUACGACCUGACGUGCCACUCCAGAGCGACCAAGGUCCCUCUGGUGGCAGAGAAGAUCCUCAAGGAGCCAAAGACUGUGAGCGUCGUCCAGUUCGAACCCAACAAGGGUGCCAUCGGCAUGGCCUACAAGAGGGAUGCCAGGUCCAUCCUGGACUACCUCGCUGCCUGUGACGAAGGCUACAUCACCGCUCAGGAAAGCACACUGGACACCAGCGGAGAGUUCACCAUCCAGACCGAGGGGAAGUCCUUCAAGAUCACCAAGGACAUGGUUUCUGUCAAGAGGUUCCAGAAGACCUCCCAUGUGGAAGAGAUUGUUCCCAACGUCAUCGAGCCCUCCUUUGGCAUUGGCAGAAUCAUGUACGCAAUAUUCGAGCACUCCUUCCGAACCAGGGAGGGGGACGAGCAGAGGACGUUCUUCAGCUUCCCUGCAGCAGUGGCUCCCUACAAAUGUUCCGUCCUUCCUCUGAGCCAGAACCAGGAGUUUGUUCCUUUCGUCAAAGAGCUGUCGGAGGCCAUGACCGAACAGGGUGUGUCCCACAAGGUGGACGACUCCUCCGGGUCCAUCGGCCGGCGCUACGCCCGCACCGACGAGAUCGGUGUGGCCUUCGGCAUCACCGUGGACUUUGACACCGUGAACAAGACGCCCCACACCGCCACGCUGCGGGACCGCGACUCUAUGACCCAGAUCAGGGCCCAGGUGACGGAGCUGCCAGGCCUGGUGAGAGACCUGGCCAACGGCCGGCUGACCUGGGCCAAGGUGGAGAGAAAGUACCCCGUCUUCGGAGGUCAAGAGACCAUAAAGAAGGAGUAAACAUAUAUGUCGGCAUGCUGCAAGCUUCAUUCUUAAGAAGGAGGGGUUUCUAUGGAAGCCACUGUAUUCUACAGCUUUUAAAAUUCUAAACGUUAUGGAAGAGAUUUGCAUAUAUUUUAUCCCUCAUGAAAAAUUGUAGUUAAAUUUAGUAUCAAUAAAGAUGUGUUUGUAUUAUUAGUUAGCAAUGCUUUAAAAUCCAAUUCUUCACUCUGUGUAAUGCUCAAGAUGUUCAUCAACAGCCUAUAACAUCAGUGCUGUCCAUUUAAGGCCCCGUUCACACGAAGCCGAUUUCAUGGCGAAACCGCAAAGGUCUUGUACGGUUCGGCCUUCCGUACACACAAAGCCGGCGAAUCUGCUGACCGAAACCGCAAACUUCUGAAACCACCCUCAGAGGUGGUUUCAAAUCUACCCGGUUUCGUUUUGGAUUCGUGUGUACGCCUGAAACCGACUGAAACCGCAAACCAUGACGUCAUCGCCCCACCCCUCGACCUCCUAGCCAAUGGCUCUUAAGCCCGCGGAGUCUCAGAAAUCACAUGCGAGCAUGCGCAUAAGGGCAGCCUUUAUGCGCAUGCUCGCCUCUUCUUCUUAUUUCAUUUCUUCUGGAUUUCUGUACCAGAAGCAGCGCCCCUUAUGGGCCUGGAAUGUGUACUACAGCGUUUCUACAGAUCUACCCGGUUUCGCUUGGCUUCGUCUUUACGGAGAUACUUUGAAACCGGAUAGAUCGAAACCGUAACGGUUUCGCCCGUUUCGGCUACUCACUAUUAUGAAGGGCUUUCUACUCUCAACUCAAGAAGCCAAGGUCUGGUGCUCAACCGCCGCUCCCUAGCUCCCAGUUAGGCCCACCAGUUCGGGCCACCAGUAAGGCCCACAAGUGGCCUUCAUAGUGGUCCUCAGCCCCUCAGUAGCUCCCAGAUAGGCCCACCAGUGGCCUUCAUAGUGGUCCUCAGCCCCUCACUAGCUCCCAGUAAGGCCCACCAGUGGCCUUCAUAGUGGUCCUCAGCCCCUCACUAGCUCCCAGUUAGGCCCACCAGUUAGGCCCACCAGUGACCUUGUUAUGUCCCCCGCUAGGGGAAGGGGUGGCAACAUAUAACCAGAUGUUUUUGGUUUAACUGGAAGUUGUUUAUUUAGCCCAGAGCAUGGGAUAAUCAAUUUAACACAAACAGAGGAUGCAAAACUACAAAAGGAAAAGGACCAUUGGGUGCUGUCCAAAUCAAAGAAACGAAUAUAACCAAGAAGAAGCUCCCAAAAUACAUGAGUGGAACAGCACCCCUACGUCUAGUGUUUUUAACAAAAGCAUAGCUGCGAGUCGGUGUUCGAUAACCUCUAAACAAAACUCUGGCCCAGUUCCCGUGUAGCAAACUAGAGCCUCAAUCAAGCAACAAAUAAUCAUUCCAAGACCCAAUAUGGCAAGCUGCAUAUCCAAGGCCAGCUGCCAUGAAUGUUGAGCUCGCCCGUGCUUUAUCCUCCAGGAUCCUCGGCCCUCCGAUGCAGCAGCCAAUCACGUCCGGGGGAAAGGCACAUCAAAAUUAGCAUAAUGGUCAACAAAUCACACGCGGGGAAAACACAUGAUCAUUAGCAUGAGCAUCGACAAACUGAGGAUUUUACCCAUGAGGGCGGGGCGUUAAUCCGCAACCGUAACAGACCUUCAUAGUGGUCCUCAGCCCCUCACUAGCUCCAAGUAAGGCCCACCAGUGGCCUUCAUAGUGGUCCUCAGCCCCUCACUAGCUCCCAGUUAGGCCCACCAGUUAGACCCACCAGUGGCCUUCAUAGUGGUCCUCAGCCCCUCACUAGCUCCCAGUUAGGCCUUCGAUGGCAGCUGAUAUCAAAGUUCCAACGGUGAGGUCCUCUUCUGAUGUUCUUUUUAAUGGUUGAUUAUUUUUCUCUGGUUGUCCUCUAUUGUCUCAUCUUGAUGCAUAAAGGAAACACAUUUUCACCAACUGAAAACCAAGCAAGGGCCUCACAGUUGAGGUUUCAAUUUAUUCUAGGCGUAUACAGGGUAGGUGGUUAGGCCUUGGCGUUGCGAAGCUAGCAAGCAGCUGGUCUAGGUGUGGCGCGUACACAAAACAAGAACAAUGUGCAACGAAUACGCCCACAGAGGGCAGGAUUUAAUACCACUUAAACCAUCACACAGCAAAAUAAACCAGCAGUAAUCAACCACCAAAUAAACUAAGCCCUGUCCUAAAAACGAGUUUACCCGCACCAUCCCUCAUCAUUAAGGUGUGCCUUAAAGUAUUCAAAUUGUACCUCUCCGUAGCUCAACAUAUCUGUCGGUCACAUCGUUACAACGCUACUGCAUUGUGUUUACAUUAUACAAUUGCAAUCAAUAAUGAACCAAUAAACAUUCAGAAGCAUCUUUAUUGAACAGGAUCCCGGGCAGAGCCCCUCUCCAUUCAGCUCAACCUGGUAGGGCCCGAUGAGGUUAACCAAGCACCCCUGUGUGGUUACUGAGGUGGACCACAGCCUCUUCAGCCUAUAGGAAACAUCCGCUUCUCAGCAAUGUUGUUAAAUGGUGUGGUACUCUUGAACCUUGUUCUUUAUUUGCUUUACAAAAUAGGAACUACUUCGUUUCCAUUGGCGACUUUGGAUCAGAAUCAACCAACGUGACAUGUGGAGUCCCACAAGGUUCGAUCUUAGGACCCUCUUUAUUCAACAUCUACAUGCUCCCACUAGGGCAAAUCAUGCAAAAUAACAAUAUUGACCAUCAUUGCUAUGCUGAUGACACGCAAAUCUAUGUAUCGCUAUCACCAAAUGACUAUCGGCCCAUAGAUCUGCUGUGCCAGUGCAUUGAGCAAGUGAAGGAAUGGAUGUGCCGAAAUUUCCUUCAACUAAAUGAGGACAAAACAGAGAUAAUUGUAUUUGGUUCUAAAACGGAAAGGCUUAAAGUAACCCAACACCUUCACUCUCUGUCCCUGA